UUUCUCAAAAAAUAUUCAAUGUCCAAAAUUUAAUUUUCUUCAAUCGGGAAAGGGAAAAUUGUAUAAAUAAAUAAAAUGACACAACAAGCAGCAACAGCAUCAAGUUCAGUUAUUGGUGGAAUGCCUCAAGGGCUUUUUAAUUUAGGCGUGCCUUCAAUAGGUACAAGUUCAGCACCGAGUACUGGUAUUCCUCCAAAAACAUUGGCUGAUCGAUAUCGAAUGACCAAAAAAGUUGGAGAUGGAACUUUUGGAGAAGUUUCGUUAGCUAUAAAAUUAGACACGGGGGAUGUUGUUGCAAUUAAAAGAAUGAAGAAAAAGUUUUAUUCGUGGGAUGAGGCAAUGAAUUUACGAGAAGUUAAAUCUUUAAAAAAAUUAAAUCAUCCAAAUAUAAUUCGUUUACGAGAAGUAAUCAGAGAGAACGAUAUUCUUUAUUUUGUAUUUGAAUUUAUGCAAGAAAAUUUAUAUGAAUUAAUGAAGGAACGAGAUCGUUAUUUCCCAGAGAAUUCCAUUCGAAAUAUAAUUUAUCAGGUACUUCAAGGCCUUUCAUAUAUGCACAGAAACGGGUUUUUCCACAGGGACAUGAAACCAGAAAAUAUAAUGUGUAAUGGAACAGAAUUAAUUAAAGUAGCCGAUUUUGGGUUGGCUAGGGAAAUUCGUUCUAGACCUCCUUUUACUGAUUAUGUUUCUACUAGAUGGUAUAGAGCACCUGAAAUUUUGCUUAGAUCGACUUUUUACAAUUCCCCAAUUGAUUUGUGGGCGUUGGGUUGUAUUAUGGCAGAAUUAUAUAUGCUUCGCCCACUCUUUCCUGGAACAUCAGAAUUGGACCAAAUAUUUAAAAUAAUUAACGUGCUUGGAACUCCCACAAAAGAAGAAUGGCCAGAAGGCUAUAGACUAGCCACUGCAAUGAAUUUUUCUUUUCAUCAAAGUUCAGGUGUUCCUUUAAAAAGUAUUGUAAAUACAGCAAGUGAUGAUGCUAUUAAAUUAAUGUCCGAUUUUCUUGCUUGGUGCCCUGAGAAAAGGCCUACUGCUGUAAAUUCACUAAAAUACCCCUACUUCCAAGUAAGCCAAAAAAUGGGAGCCCCAAUUCUUUCACAACCAGCAACUAGCACAAUACGUAAAAAUUCUGCUGGCUCAACACAAAGCGAUUCUAAAUUGGUAACUAAUAAUAAAAGAAUUACUCAAAAGGCUGCUAAAAUGACUCAAAAAGAAAAACAACAACAAAUAAAUGCAGAAAAUCCUUUGGCAGGAUUGGAAGAUGAAUUAGAAAAAUUACAGGAAGAACAACAAGAAAAAGAACAACAAAAAAUUGAACGAAUAAGAAACACAGAAAGUGCAAAAACAGAAAAUACAACCCAAAUUCGAGGCCCAGAUAGAAAUAGAAAUUUAUCCUUAAAAGGAGUUGAAAGUAUUGCUGAAUUAAUUUUUGAUACAAAUAAUGGAAAUAAUAGGACAAAUGUUAACCCUAAAAAUCAAAAAAUGCCAAAUAGCGAAUUACCUUCAAGUGGAAAAAGAGAACAAUUAUCAAUGAGUGCCAAAAAAGCAAAGGAAAUAUAUUUAAGUAAAUCGAGAUAUAUACCUGGUAUAAAAUCUGAUAUAAUAAGUGGAAACAACAAAACAACAACACAAUUACCUCCCGCUUUGGGGCCUAAACAAGGAAGUGAUAAUAAUAAUAGUGUAAUACAACAAGCACGUACUGGAGUACAAGCACGUUUUGAAUAUGCUUAUGGAUAUGUCCCAUCAUUUGGGGGAAAUGCUAAUAAUAAUCGUCAACAACAACAAACAACAGCACCUCAAAUCUCAACAAAUGUAGGCCGCGUAAACUGGGCAGCUAAAUAUCAACGAAAUUAAUUUUAAAAAAUACAAAAAUUCUAUAGAAAAUUCAAAAAAUUGGAUUCUAUUUACAUUUAAGUAAUGCAUUUCCAUUUAAAGAUAUUAAUUACAAAAAAUUGGCACAUACGUACAUUUAAAUAUUUAUUAAUAAAAUAAUGAAAAAUAAUCAUAACAAAUUUAAGAAAUAUAGUGGACUUAUCGACACUUAUUUGUUAACGUUUUAGUUUCGUUCUUCCCUUUUACGUUUUAUAAGUUUGUAUCAUCCAAAAAGGCUUUACAUUUAGGCUUUACCAAAAAGGCUUUACAUCUAGGUUUUC